AUGAGCUUAGAAGAACAGAUUUUUAUUCCAGCAAGAGACCACCUACUAGUCAAACAAGAUGAAAGAGAGACGGUAAUUCGAUCGUGUCGGGAAAUAACGAGCUACUCGAAAAAGGCAAUUUUCACACUACACCGAUCAGUGCUGGAUGACAUUGUGACAAAAGAGCUAACUCUAUACUUGAAUGUAAUUGGUGAGCACCUACGUAAAGUGAAUGCCAUAUAUGUAAACAAUUACCACUUGCGAGGUUCAAUUCUGGGGGCAGUUGAAGAAUUGAUUGAGUUUUUCACUUUUGGGUACUACAAACGAACAGGUGGAUUGAUCAAGUAUGAAUUGUUUACACAACUACUCAACCUUGUGGCAGACGGGGAAAUCGAUGCAGUUGUGAGCUACCUCUUGCACGCAGAAACUGCCUUACCUGAAAAGAGUCUUUCGCCGAUUGGAUUUGUUGACAAGUCAGAUUAUAUCAUGGGAUUAUUCGAUUGUACCGGGGAAAUAAUGAGAAUGGUUAUCCUGCAGUCAUCGGACACUUCGGGAGAGCUCCAAAUGGCAAAAACAUUGGAAAACUACAAUUUUCUAAAAGACUUACACGAGCAGUAUACCAUAUUAACUACAUACUACCCAGGCAUAUCCAUACAUCAUGGCGCUUUCGAUGACGCUUUGAACCUGAAGGGUAAUUACUCAUUUAAAAAGAAGUUACAAGUGCUUGAAUCGUCACUUAGCAAGAUACAAAACACGCUACUCGAUAUCCUCAUCAGUGAUAAGGAAGUUUUAUAG